UCCCUGGAGCUGGCGCCGGCGGGGCCGCAGUCCGAGCUGCCGCAGUGGCUGGACCCGCGGCGGGGCAGGUGCCGGCGGCGAGGGACGUAGGUGUGUUUUAUCUUUGAAGGAAUGUUGGUAUUUGGUGAACAUGAACACACAAGAACAAGGCCGAGAAUAUGAGGGCAGAAAUGUAAAGGGACCCCAUAUGGAGGAACGUGAAACUUAGGUUAUCUCUGAAGAUGGGAGAAGGGAUCUUCGGGUUUAAUUGCUUAAUUGUUUAAGUCUUUCAGCUUUGAUCAGCCACCUUCAUACUCUGACCUUCCUGCAUCCAGAUCUCAUUAUGCAUCAGAAAAAUGAAAAAACAGAGAAAAAUUCUAUGGAGAAAAGGAAUUCACUUAGCCUUUUCUGAGAAAUGGAAUACUGGGUUUGGAGGCUUUAAGAAGUUUUACUUUCACCAACACUUGUGCAUUGUGAAAGCCAAGUUGGGCAAGCCAGUUACCUGGAGCAGGCAGUUGAGGUAUUUCCAGUGCAGAAAAAAGGCCCUUCAAAUCCAGAAAACGUGGAUCCAGGAUGAACCUCUUUUUGCUAAGACAGAGUCCAGUGUGGCUGCUCAAAAUGUUAUGUCCUCUAAAGUAAAAAGAAAAGACUCUAAACACUUCAUUUCAAGGACCUUCCUCAAACUCCAAACAGAGAAGUUGCUGUCAUCAGCAAAGAACUCUGACCAUGAAUACUGUGGAGAGAAAAGUCUCUUGGAGGCAGUUGCUGACCUACCAGCAAAUAGUGUUAUAAAUCAGGCUAAUGGUCACAGAUCUAGGACGGAGCCACAAGCUUCUGACUUUCCCAUGAAGUUCAAUGGGAAGAACCAGAGUCCAGGUGAGAGCGGCACCAUUGUGGUCACCUUGAGCAACCAUAAGAGAAAACGCUUUUAUUAUGGCUGCUACAAAAGGCUGGAGCACCACAGGAAUGGGGGAUCCCUGAUUCCAAAAAAAUUCCAUCUUAACCAACAUAGAAGGAUAAGAUUAUCUCCUCUUAUGAUGUAUGAGAAAUUAUCCAUGAUUAGAUUUCGGUACAGGAUUCUCAGAUCUCAGCACUUCAGAACAAAAAGCAAAGUUUGCAAGCUGAAAAAAAACCAGCGAAGCUGGGUGCAGGUCACUGGGGACCAUCAGGAGACCCUUAGGGAGAACGUUGAGGGUGCCAGUUGCAGCCCAUUCCCUUCCCCAGAAUCUAAAGACCCUCCCUGUCAGCAUCAGCCGUGCUUCCCAGAUAUGGACAGCGAUGCGGCAGUGAAGGGAAAGAACUCUCAUGUGCCUGAUGGCCACAGUAAAGGAAGCCCUUUCUUAGGCAAGGAGCUGAGUUUAGAUGAAGCAUUCCCUGAGCAACAGAAUGGCAGUGCCACAUAUACCUGGGACCAGUCACCCUGUUCCUCUCCAAAGUGGGAGUGUAGAGAACUGAUUCACGAUAGCCCCUUACCAGAACAUCAUUCUAAUAGUCUGUUUAUCUCGGAAACUGAAAGAGAAGCUAUGACUCCGGGUCAGGAAAAUCGGACAAGUACCAUCAGUGAUGACAGAGCAGAACUGCCGGUGUCUGGUGCAGAUCAACCUGUGAGUAGUGUAGACAGGGCUGUGUCUGAAGAGACUGUUCAUAAUGAGAGCUCAUGCCAGAUGGAUGAGGAUGGAUGUCUCAAGCAGAACAUUCUUAGUUCUAAGUUGCUGGACCACCCUUACUGUAAAAGCCCACUGGAGGCUCCUCUGAUGACCAGUGGACUCAAACUAGAAAAUCAAGUGGGAGGUGGGAAGAACAGUGAAAAAGCAUCUCCAGUGGAUGAUGAACAGCUGUCAGUCUGCCUUUCUGGAUUCCUAGAUGAGGUUAUGAAGAAGUAUGGCAGUUUGGUCCCUCUCAGUGAAAAAGAUGUACUUGGAAGAUUAAAAGAUGUCUUUAAUGAAGACUUUUCUAAUAGAAAACCAUUUAUCAAUAGGGAAAUAACGAACUAUCGGGCCAGACAUCAAAAAUGUAACUUCCGCGUCUUUUACAAUAAGCAUAUGCUGGAUAUGGAUGAUCUGGCAACCUUGGAUGGUCAGAACUGGCUAAAUGAUCAGGUCAUUAAUAUGUACGGUGAGCUGAUAAUGGAUGCAGUCCCAGACAAAGUUCACUUCUUCAACAGCUUUUUUCAUAGACAGCUGGUAACCAAAGGAUAUAAUGGAGUAAAAAGAUGGACUAAAAAGGUGGAUUUGUUUAAAAAGAGUCUUCUGUUGAUUCCAAUUCACCUGGAAGUCCACUGGUCUCUCAUUACUGUGACACUCUCUAAUAGAAUUAUUUCAUUUUAUGAUUCCCAAGGCAUUCAUUUUAAGUUUUGUGUAGAGAAUAUAAGAAAGUAUUUGCUGACUGAAGCCAGAGAAAAAAACAGACCUGAAUUUCUUCAGGGUUGGCAGACUGCUGUUACAAAGUGUAUUCCACAACAGAAAAAUGACAGUGACUGUGGAGUUUUCGUGCUCCAGUACUGCAAGUGCCUCGCCUUAGAGCAGCCUUUCCAGUUUUCCCAAGAAGACAUGCCCCGAGUGCGGAAGAGGAUCUACAAGGAGCUGUGUGAGUGCCGGCUCAUGGACUGAAACUCAGCAGGGACUCUGGGAAGUCUGACCAAGUUGGAGCAGAUGGUUUGUUACUUGAAUCUCCAAACACUUAUUUGGAUUUUUACAGAUAUUUCAGAUCAGUGGUGUUGGGCCACUAUUGUUACCUCAAAUUUAUUUUUUGCCCUUAUUCAUUUCUCUAGCUACCAUAUACUAUUUUUUAAUGUUCAGUUUGGUUUCAUUUUUAAUUUUAUGGAUUCUGUGUGUUCCCCUCAUAUUUAAUAUUUAUUAUCCAAGCGCAUGCAUAUAGACAGAGCAUGCAGUGCAGAGUAUUAAAAAAAAAGCCUAG